AUGAGUGAGGAAAGUGUAGAACCAAGCAGCACCACGUCGUCGCAGGCCGUUGUGUGUGAGGCGAAGAUUUUGUUUCGCGAGCUGAAACCCUUCCCGGUGAUUGAUGAGAAUAAUAAUUUUAAAAUUGAAACCGAACACUUUCUUGAGUCGUCAAAUCAAAUAAUUGAUGCUAUCGCAUGUUUUGGAAAGUUGUUCUCACCGAUCGUCAAAGAUAUGCGGCAAAAUGUUCAGAAAAUAACGGCUAAAUAUAAACAGAACGAAACGCUGUUCCAGUAUCUGGAAGAUUUGAUUCUUAAGGACAAGGAUGGUAACGAUAAUCCAUUCGACACGGUGACGGAUGGUUUACUGUGGCUGAAAAGAGCAUUUGAAAUGAUGGAACAAUUUUUUCGCAACCUACUGGAAGAUGCAACGUGUAGUGAGCAGGUGAAGCCGCACCUUAAAAAGGCGUACGAAGAAUGUUUGCUACCAUAUCAUGGCUUUUUGGCACAGAAAGCGUUUCAGCUGUUACAUUUAUAUUUACCAACGCGAUCAUCACUGCUCGGGACAUCGGAUUCCAACAUGGAUAAUCUAAAGGCAUUGGAAGAGUUUUUGGCGCUGUUUCGUGCUAAUUUAAAUCACAUUAAUGAAUUCUUCACCAAACAUGACCUACAUCGAACCUAUAAAGCAUAG